CUGGCCGUGCCCGCGGCCGCGCGGGGCUGCCCGCCGGAACCCGCGGAGCGCCGCUCAUGCGAGACCCCCGCGGGCCGGGCCGAGCGCUGUGACCCCCGGCCGGGCCAGGCAUGUGAAGAUGUCAGUGGGCUGUGCAUGCCCUGGCUGUUCCUCUAAGUCAUUCAAGCUGUACUCGCCAAAGGAGCCCCCGAACGGCAACGCCUUCCCCCCUUUCCACCCGGGCACCAUGCUGGAUCGAGAUGUGGGUCCUACUCCCAUGUACCCACCGACGUACCUGGAGCCUGGAAUCGGGAGGCACACGCCGUACGGGAACCAGACUGACUACAGGAUAUUCGAGCUCAACAAGCGGCUGCAGAACUGGACAGAGGAAUGUGACAAUCUGUGGUGGGAUGCCUUUACCACGGAGUUCUUUGAGGAUGACGCCAUGUUAACAAUCACUUUCUGCUUGGAGGAUGGACCAAAGAGAUACACGAUUGGCCGGACUCUGAUUCCCCGUUACUUCCGCAGCAUCUUUGAAGGGGGGGCCACAGAGCUCUACUAUGUGCUCAAGCACCCCAAGGAGUCCUUCCACAACAACUUCGUCUCGCUGGAUUGUGACCAGUGCACCAUGGUCACGCAGCACGGCAAGCCCAUGUUCACCCAGGUGUGUGUGGAGGGGCGGCUCUACCUGGAGUUCAUGUUUGACGACAUGAUGAGGAUAAAGACGUGGCAUUUCAGCAUCCGCCAGCAUCGAGAGCUCAUCCCUCGCAGCAUCCUUGCCAUGCAUGCACAGGACCCCCAGAUGCUGGACCAGUUAUCCAAGAACAUCACCCGCUGUGGGCUCUCAAACUCCACACUCAACUACCUCCGACUCUGUGUAAUCCUAGAACCAAUGCAGGAGCUCAUGUCACGGCACAAGACUUACAGCCUCAGUCCCCGGGAUUGCCUCAAGACUUGCCUCUUCCAGAAGUGGCAGCGGAUGGUCGCUCCGCCUGCGGAGCCAGCACGGCAGCAGCCAAGCAAGCGCCGGAAAAGGAAGAUGUCGGGGGGCAGCACCAUGAGCUCCGGUGGGGGAAACACCAACAACAGCAACAGCAAGAAGAAGAGCCCAGCCAGCACCUUUGCCCUGUCCAGUCAGGUACCUGAUGUGAUGGUGGUAGGCGAGCCCACGCUGAUGGGGGGGGAAUUUGGGGAUGAGGAUGAGCGGCUCAUCACCCGGCUGGAGAACACGCAGUUUGACGCCGCCAACGGCAUCGACGACGAGGACAGCUUCAACAACUCGCCGGCGCUGGGGGCCAACAGCCCCUGGAACAGCAAACCGCCCUCCAGCCAGGAGAGCAAGUCAGAGAACCCCACGUCGCAGGCGUCGCAGUAACGGCCCCCCCGCCGCCCCGUGGACUCAGUCCCAACCGAUCUACCUGUACAUUUGCAACGGAGAGUAACUGGGAAGCGGCGAGGUACUGGGGGCAGAUUGGCGGGUGCACGGCCAGGAGAGCAGCCCCCAGCCCUCUGCCCCCGCCGCCUCCCCGCUCCCCCCACGCCUGCCUCCCUGCCGGACCCCAGUGCAGGGGUGGGUUUCCGGGGCUGUAGCUGCGUUAUUCCCUCUUCUCCCUCUUCCUCCCUGCUUCUUCCCUGGAGAGCUUCUCAUCCCUGCCCCCCAAUGUGCCCAGCCCCUGCCCGCUGGAAUUAGGUGGGAGGUGUCAGCAGCAGCUGGCAUGACCGGGAAGCCGGCAGUGUGCUGCUGCAGUGUAUUGGGGUCUGGCACAGCCCAGAUACCCUCCUCUUCCUCUUUCCUCCUGGGUCCUAUGGCUGGGGUUUGCUGGGCAGCCGCCUGCAGCGGGGUUGCACAUCCCCAGCCCGACGUGGGGCUGGUGGAGGGUGACCAGUGAUGGAAAGCCUUCCCUGUGCCACCAGCUCUGCCGCGAAGCCUGCUCCAUCCGGGGUCGGAUCCUGCUGCGCUGGGGUGGUGUUGGGGAUAAGGGCCUGUCGGAAUCCCUGCUUUCCUGCACCCUCCCCUUCCCCUCGCUCCUAGGGGCAAGAGCGCAGCAGGGCUGGGGGGAAUUCUGUAUACAAGAAGUGUGUGGUGGGGGGGCUUGAUGGAGCUGGACGGGGUCACAGAGGACCCACACCUCUGCUGUAGCUCCCUGCCCCUGUGUGCCCCUGCCCCGUGUGAGUCCGCCUGGGGCCCCUUUGCAGCCCCUGGUACCUCCUUCUUUUGUCUUUUUUAAGAAAAAGAAAAAAAAUAAUAUUAUUAAAAUUGUAAGUUUAAAAAAAAGGAAAAAAAAUGGGAAAGCCCCUCCCCCCCCCGAGCCCUUUCUCCGGUUCCCCCCUCCCUGCCCUGAACCCUCCCACCCUGUCCUGACUUUUGUACAGGCUUCUUCUCUUGGGAGUCUCGUUUUAUAUCCAGUUCGGAGAGCUUCAAACCAAGGAGAGACUUUGCAGACUUCCUUUCUAAAUCCCUCCAGGGGCCGGGGGGGGUCAGCCCCCCCGCUCCCCCUCCUCAAUGUAAAUCUUGUGUGCUGUUGUCCCCGCUCCCUCCCUCGGGUUCGUGUACCUCGUGCUUGUACAUUUCCGCGCUGUAGACAGUGUGUACGAUACUGUUCUUUCAAUGUGUUAUCCCUAGAGCAGGUGCCUCCAUUGAUGUUAGGGGAAACGAUGAGAAAAAUAAUAAUAAUUUUGGGGUUUUUUUUUGGUUUAAAAAAAAAAAAAAGGAAAAAAAAAUAAUCC